AUGAUGGAGGCAUCUGUCCCCGUGGGAGGCAUCCCGGUGGUUCUCCUCUGCUGCUGCCUCCUGAGCUCUGCGUGGGCUCUGGUUGACCCUGAUGAUGUUCUCACAAAAGAAGAGCAGAUCUAUCUCCUGGUGGAAGCUAAGGAGAAAUGUCAGAGAGACAUAAAAGCCCAACUGGAGAAGAUCAAAGACACCAGCUGCCCUCCAGAGUGGGAUGGGAUUAUCUGCUGGCCGAAGGGCUCUCCCAGCCAGGAGGUGUCAGCGCCCUGCCCUGAUUACAUCUACGACUUCAACCAUAAAGGUCAUGCCUACAGGUACUGCAGCGCCUACGGCACUUGGGCCAUGGCUCUCAGCAUCAACAAGACCUGGGCCAACUACACUGAAUGUGCUCUGCUCUUCUCCUCCGAGAGCCGGAGCCGUGAGAAGGAGGUGUUUGAUCGCCUGCACCUGAUGUACACCAUCGGCUACUCCAUCUCCCUGGCCUCCCUCAUCGUCGCCGUCUGCAUCCUCUCGUACUUCAAGCGCCUGCACUGCACACGCAACUACAUCCACGUCCACCUCUUCACCUCCUUCAUCUGCCGGGCGGUGAGCAUCUUUGUGAAGGACAUGGUGCUCUACUCGGGGACCCUGGCCAGCGAGACGGAGAAGAUGCGGGAGGACGACUUCAAGGCAGAAAUGGGUCCUUCACCAGGACAACGGAGCCACCUGGCUGGCUGCAAGGUGGUGGUGACCCUCUUCCUCUAUUUUCUGGCCACCAACCACUACUGGAUCUUGGUGGAAGGUCUCUACCUGCACAGCCUGAUCUUCAUGGCCUUCCUCUCCAACAAGAACUACCUGUGGGUCCUCAUCAUCAUCGGCUGGGGUCUCCCCGCAGUGUUUGUGUCCAUCUGGGCCAGCGUCAGGGCCUCCUUGGCAGACACACAGUGCUGGGACCUCAGCGCAGGAAACUUGAAGUGGAUUUAUCAGGUUCCCAUUCUGGCUGCCAUUGUGGUGAACUUCUUCCUUUUCCUCAACAUCGUCCGGGUGCUGGCCUCCAAGCUCUGGGAGACGAACACGGGGAAGCUGGACCCCCGGCAGCAGUACAGGCAACUGCUGAAAUCCACGCUGGUGCUGAUGCCGCUUUUUGGAGUCCAUUAUGUGGUGUUCAUGGCCAUGCCCUACACCGAAGUCUCUGGGGUCCUGUGGCAGAUCCAGAUGCAUUACGAGAUGCUCUUUAACUCCUCUCAGGGUUUCUUUGUGGCUUUUAUCUACUGCUUUUGUAACGGGGAGGUGCAGGCAGAGAUUAAGAAAGCCCAUUUUCGGAGAAGCCUGGCGCUGGAUUUCAAGCAGAAGGCGCGUGCCACCAGCGUGGCGGGGAGCUGCUGCUAUGGCGGGCUGGGGUCCCACGCCACCACGAGCUUCAGCAUGAGCCUGGCGGGGCGAGGGGCCGGGAGCACCCAGCAGCGGGGGCUGCUGCUCCUUGCCCGUGCCAGCCUGCCGGGCUACAUCCCCAGCUCCUUUGUCUCAGGUAACUUCUUGCCCUGUCUGACCCAGGAGAUGAACCAGAAACCAUGUGGGGAAACCAAAGUGGAUUUAAUGGACCUGACUCAGCGUCAGCCCAAGCUAAACAAAGAGCUGGAGACGAUGCUAUGA